AAUAAAUUUCACAAAAAUGAAGUUGCUGGGAGUCGGUCUGCAACUGAUGAAAGCCAGAUGUGGAGCGGGCAACGGCCGCCCCUCCUACAGCUGCUGCCCUGAGAUGCAGGACACGAUUCCGUACUGCCCAAAGAAGCCAUUCUGGAACUUCAAACGAACCCUGUGCUUCUCUCUGCUGACCUUUGGAGCCGGAAUUUACACGGGCAUCUACACAUCCCAAAACUAUCAGGUGCCCCAUGUAGAUGAUCCCCAAACGCUGGUCCAGCGAAUGAACGACAAAAUACGAGAGCUAAUUGACAACACCAAGAAGAAGUAAUUCCAGAAUCGCUUCAUAUCAGCAUCCACCUUCCGGCCUACAAAAAUUCACUGUUAGAAUAAAAAAUUGGACUGAC